AUGUCAUCUCAGUUUUUCCUAAAAACAUCUCAAGAUAUAGAGCUCUUCCAAAGCUACCCUACUUUUGAACAAUCCAACACAAACGCCAAGGAUUUCCCUGUCAUUUCUUCGGUUUUAUCGCCAUGUGGCAGAUUUUUGGCUUUAUCUACGAAGGAGAACGUUAAAGUCUUCACAGGUCCAUGCUUAGAUAAUGUUCUAUUAACAAUGAAGUUGGCUGAUGUGUAUGAUCUGCAUUUCUCUCCCGCAGGUAACUAUUUGAGCACUUGGGAGAGGGCGUCUAUACAGGACCCAAAUCACAAGAACGUUAAAGUUUGGUACUUGAAUAAACCAUUCAAGAAAGACUGUGUUUCGGAAGAAAUAGUCCCUGCUUAUGAAUACCAAGCCAAAUCACAAAGCGGUUGGUUUUUACAAUUUUCCAAAUUAGACAAUUACGCACUAAGGCUUUUCAAACACGACUUGAAGAUUGUUAAAUUGAGCUCCGCCAAUGCCGAAAAUUUCGACUUCCAAUCGCCAUUUGCUGUCUUGUCUGAUAGUGAAACAUCCCAACAUUUCACCACUUAUCUAAUCUCUCCAGCAGAACAUCCAACAAUUUGUACUUUCACACCAGAAAAGGGUGGUAAGCCGGCCCAAUUAACCAUAUGGGCCCUCUCUGAAGGUGAAAUUACCAAGAAGAUUGCCUCCAAAACUUUCUUUAAAGCCGAUUCCUGCCAGCUGAAGUGGAAUCCGUUAGGCAAUGCUAUUUUAUGUUUAGCUAUUACUGAUUUUGAUUCCUCAAAUAAAUCAUAUUAUGGUGAAAACACACUAUACUUACUCUCUUUUCAAGGUGUGAACGGCACUUUAGGUGGUAACUCCGUACGUGUUUCUUUAACCACUGGCCCUGUCCACGAUUUUACUUGGUCGCCAACUUCAAGGCAAUUCGGUGUCAUUGCUGGUUAUAUGCCAGCAACCAUUUCCUUUUUUGAUUUGAGAGGUAAUGUCGUCCACUCCUUACCUCAACAAGCCAAAAACACUAUGCUUUUCUCUCCUUCUGGUCAUUAUAUCCUUAUCGCCGGGUUUGGUAAUUUGCAGGGCUCCGUGGAAAUCCUGGAUCGUCUUGACAAGUUCAAAUGUGUGAGUAAGUUUGACGCUACCAACACUUCUGUUUGCAAAUGGUCGCCGGGCGGAGAAUUUAUCAUGACAGCUACCACUUCACCAAGAUUGAGAGUGGAUAACGGUGUCAAAAUAUGGCAUGUAUCGGGCUCUUUAGUAUUUGUUAAAGAGUUUAAGGAGCUUUUGAAAGUGGACUGGAGGUCACCAUGUAAUUAUAAAACUUUGGAAAACAAAGAUGAAGAUUUUUUCGAGGACCAUGUCAUUAACAAUUGGGAACCGCUAUCUGAUUCGAACACAUCUUCACUUGAUCCUAAAAUAUCCAGUAAAUCUGAAUUGCAAAUACAUUCUAGUGUUCAAGAGUACAUAAGCCAACACCCAAGCAGAGAAGCAAGCUCCAACGGAAACGGAUCUAAAGCCAAAACUGGAGGCGCUUAUAAACCGCCCCACGCAAGAAGAACGGGCGGUGGACGUAUUGUUCCAGGGGUUCCUCCUGGUGCAGGCAAAAAGACCGUUCCAGGGCUAGUCCCAGGCAUGACUGCCAACAAGGAUGCCAACACUAAGAACAGAAGAAGAAGAGCCAAUAAGAAGUCAAGCGAAACAUCACCUGAUUCUACUCCAGCGCCAUCUGCUCCUGUCACUACAAAUGCCCCAACACCCAAUAAGGAAACCUCUCCAGAGGAGAAGAAAAUAAGAUCAUUAUUGAAGAAAUUGAGGGCUAUCGAAACCUUGAAAGAAAGACAAGCCGUCGGUGACAAAUUAGAAGAUACGCAAAUUUUAAAAAUCCAAACUGAAGAGAAAGUUUUAAAAGAUUUGGAAAAGUUGGGUUGGAAGGAUGAAUAA